GGUGCUCCCGCCGUACGCAGCAGCACGACUUCGACGCGGUCGGGCUGCCCUAUCAACGACAAAUGAUGAGCUACAGCCACGACGCGUCGGGCUGCCUUAGGAACGAUGACAAACUAACCACACUACCAUGAGCAGCAGCCACUACAAGUGGCUCGAGGAGACGCUCGGCGCCCGCCAGACGGGCCUCGGCCAGCGGCCGGCGACGGCCGGGCGGCGCCGCCGGCCCGUGCAGGGCCUGACGAUCGGCGAGGCCGCGACCAUCAUCCAGGCGCGGACGCGGUUGCUGAGGGCGCAGUACAAGAGCGUCUCCGUGGCGGGCAUCGGCGCGGCCGAGCUGCGACUGCACGCAUUACUUGCGCUACAGCGUUCAAGACGGAGACGCGCGGAGAAAGCGAGACGCGCCGAGGGCUCGGACGGCGGCAAAUUGGCGAGGCUCCGCGCCGCGACGCAGAACGUGCAGCAUCAGAAGCCGGCGCCGCUCGCGAAGACCCUCUCGUCCGUCCGCGUCGGCGAGGAGCCCGACGGCGCGCUGCGCUUCAAGGGCCGCGUGCUCAGCCCGCCGCCGAAGCGCGCCUCGGCUCAAAAUGGCCAGCUGUCCCCGGCGCUCAUCGCGCGCCUGCGCCAGCGCAUGGCGCCGAAGCUCGACCGGCCGCGGACGGCGCCGGCGCGGCGGCCGCCGUCGCCCCGGGCGGCGGCCGCGGACCGGCUCGCGGCGCAAGCGGCCAUCGUCAAGGCGCUCGGCCCGCCGAUGCGCCGGCCGCCGGCGCCCGUGCGCGUGCUGACGUUCAACCGCAGCGACCCGGCGCCGGAGCCGCCCCCGGCGCCGCGGGACGCCGACAAGGAGAACGCGGCGCCCGAACCGCCGGAGGUCGACGGGAAGGCCGCCCUCCUCGCCGCGUACCGCAAGGCCGGCGGCCGGCGCGACCUCGAUCUGAGCUGGACGCGCCUCCACGAGUUGUUACGUGACGCGGGCCUACCCGCGCGCGGCGCCACGGCCGUCCUCGCGGCGCGGUUCGUCGAUGCGGGCCGGCGACUUCUAGCGGCGGACGCGCGACCGUUCCCGCAGGACGCCGCUGAGAAACUCCAGGCGCGGACGCGGGGCCGUGCGGCGCGCAAGGGCCACGAGGAGCGCGUCGCCGACUACCGGCGACGGCUCCGGGCGCGGCGGGCCGCGGAGGAGGCCCGGCGGCGCGACGCGGCCGCGGCCGCCGAGGCCGUGCUGCUGGCGAGUCCGACGGCGGCGCGGCGGGCCCGUGAGAAGGCCUCGGAUGCGGCGCAGGCGGCCCGGCGCCGCGAGCGCGCCAUGCACGACGAGGAUGCGCGCGUCGAGGCAGCGGAGAGGGCGCGCCGCGCGGCCCGCGAGGAGGCCGAGCGGCGCGAGCGCGACGCCGCCGCGGCCGCAGCAGCGGCACACGCAGCUGAGAAGCGCGAACGCGAGGCGGCGCGGCGGGCGCGCGAGCAGCUGGCGCGCGCGGCCGAGGCCGCCCGCGUCGUCCUGGCGCUGAGCCCGCGGGCGGCGAAGCGGGCGAGCCAACGGGCCGCGGCCGCCGCGCGGGAGGCCCGGCGGCGCGCCGAGGAGCUCGAGGCGGCGCGACGGGCCAAGGCGGAGGCCCAGCGCCGCGCGGCGGCGGCGCAGCGGGCCCGCGCCGAGGCGGCGCGCGCCGCCGAGUCCGUGCUACUGGCGAGCCCCAAGGCCGCGCGGCGGGCCCGCGAGAAGGCCUCGGACGCGGCGCGGGCGGCCCGGCGGCACGAGCGCGCCAUGCACGACGAGGAGGCGCGCGUCGAGGCCGCGGCGCGCGCACGCACGGUCUUGAUGCUGAGUCCGAAGGCCGCGCGGCGCGCCCGCGAGGCGGCCUUCGUCGCCGCGGCCGCGGCCGGGCGGCGCGCCGGCGUCGCGAGACGAAAGGAGGAAGACGCUGCCGCGCGGCUCCAGGCGGCGCUACGAUCGAGAUGGAGGCGGCGCGCCAUCCGACCGGCGGAGACGGUCCAGGCUCUGCUGGAGGCGAUUGUUCGGGUCCAAGCUAAUCACCGGCGCCGCGCGCGGCGGCACGCGUUGCGGGUCAUGCGCCUCGGGCGCGAGCGCGCGGCGCGCCGCUGGCGCGCCGCGGUCGAGAUCCAGCGGCGCGAGCGGGGGCGGCAUCCUCGUCGUGCGUUUUGUAGAAUGCGCCGCUGCGCGAUCUGGGCGCAGCGCCGCUUCCGGAAGCGCGCCGCGGCCCGGCGGCUUUAUAAACUACUCGCCGCCCGCCUGUCGAAGUGGAAGCGGGCGGCGCUCCACACCCUAAAACGGCACGCCGCCGAGGCCCGGCGGCAAGAGAAACUGAGGAAGCGCCGCGCGGCCACGCAAUUCCUGGACAUGCACCCCGGCCGCACGGCGAAGCUCGGCAAGGCCCUGACGUUACUCAAGCGCGUCGCGACGAAGCGCGCGGCGUCGGCGCGCCUCGCCCUCGAUUUGAGGAGGCAGCACUCUCGGGCCGCGGCCGCCGCGUUCGCCGUGAUAAAAACGCGGGCGCGGCGCCUCAAGGCGGCGUCGGCGACGGCGUUACUGGCCUACAAGCACGGCGUACGGGCGGCGCGGACGGCCUUCGCGCGGCUGCGGCGCUACGCGGGCCUCGUCGCGUUGGUCGAGACGCUGGCUCAGUCCCACGCAACCACACUAAUUCAUGCCGUCGCGCUCUGGAAGCGGCAGGCCACGAAGCUCCGGGCGGCCGCGCGACUCGCGACCUUGUUGCGACGGCAGCACUUGGAAGCGGCCGGCGCCGCGUUCAUUGAACUGAAACGCGUCGCGGCCAAGAGGACGGCGGCGGCGACCCUGUUACAUUGUCUCCGGAGGCAGCACGCGGCGGCCCUCGCGGCGGCAUUGGUUGAACUAAAAGAAGACGCGGCGCGGCGCAAGGCCAAGCGCCUCCGAGACGCCGCGUCGAGAAAAGCGGCCGCGGAGCGCCUCAUGGCUUUGGUUCAAAACCGGUACGAAGCUAUGUGCAGUAAAGCGCUCGCCGCCCUCCGACGGCACGCCGAGGAAGCGCGGCAGGCGCAGAAGGUGGACGCGGCUUCGAAACUCGCGGCCGUCCUCGCGCGAAGGCUCCACGCCUUGAAAACCAAAGCCCUCCAACGGUUCCGCGACCACAUGCUCGCUCAACGCCAACUCCAGAAGCGCCGCGCGGCGUCAACGCUCGUCGAGGUCCUCGCGCGCGCCUACCGGAAGCUCACAAAGAAGGCGCUCGGGCUCUUCGGCGAAAACGUGGCCCGGUCGAAAGCAUUUCAGAGGCGCCGGGCCGUCGAGCGCAUGGCCCGGGUCCUGAACAGCCACUACGCCUCUGUACAACGAAAAGCCGUAAAGGACUGGCGCUUACAGGUGAUUCGCAUCCGCGAGGCGCCUCGCCGCCGCGCGGCGAAGCGCGUCGUGGCCUGCCGCCGCGUGAAGCGCGUGCUCGAGCAGAUGCUUUGUACACGCCUGCGGCGGGGCUUCCUGGCGCUGCGCGCGCGGAUGAUGGCAGCGAGGCGUUGGGAGGCGAAACGCACCGCGGCGCAAAGGCUCGCGGCGGUGACGCGGGCGCGGCUCGACGCGGCGACGCGGCGGACGUUGGAGAAAUUUUUAGCGAACGUGCGGGCCCGCCGAGAGGCGGACCGGCGGCGGUACGCGGCGGCGUCGGAUAUGUUCGACGCGCUCGGGCGCCUCCGGGCGCGGCGGCUCCGGGGCGCCGUGGCGGCGCUGCAACUGCACGUAUUGAAGAUGAGGGACGCGGAACAGCGACGCCUGGACGCCGCGGCGACGGUCGUGGCCGCCCUAAAACGCCAGCACGACUUUGUGUUGAAGGCGGCGUUCGCGCGGCUCGCCGCGCAGUGCCGCCGGGCGGCGGCGGCGGCGCGCCGCCGGGCCGCGCGGCGCGUCGUCGGCGCGCGGCGCUUCCUGGCGGCGUGCGCGAAGCGCGACGCGCGGCUUUCGAGCAUCGCGCUCGGGACGGCGGUCGCGACGUGGCGCGCACACGCCUCCAAGGUCCGGGCGGUUUUGAAGAUUCGGAGCCUGCUUUUCAAACGCAUCAACGCCGCGCUCCAACGGGCCGUGGCGGCGCUGCGGGCCAACCUGCUGCUUCAUGUCGCGGCGGCGACGCGCGUCGAAACUGUCGUGCGGCGCGCGCUUGCUCUGAAAACCUUCCAGGCCGCAAAAGACGUGGCGCUUCGCCUGCAGACCCGUGAACGCGGCCGGCGCGAUCGCUUGUUAGCUGCGAAUCGGCGACGCGCGUUGGCCGCCGUUCGCAUCCAGACGAAACUUCGCGGUCGCGCGGCCCGCGCGGCCUACGCCGCCAUGCGACGCGGUACGCUUGCGCUGCAGUCUGUCGUGCGGCGGGCCAUGGCGACGAGGCGGCUCGUCCGGUGGUGCCGGGCCCGCGCCGCGCGGCGGCGCUUCGCGACGCUCCUUGAGACCGCCACGCGCCUCCAGCACCGGUGGAGAGGCGCUUUGUGGAGGCGGUGCUUCGUCGGGCUGCGGGCCGCGACGAUCACGACGCAGACGGCGGCCCGGCGAGGGCAUUUUCUGAAGCGGUACGGCGCGUACCGCGUCCGCGCGGUUCGCGUACAAACGGUUUGGCGCGGCGCCCUCUCGAAGCGCCGCUUCCGGGACGCGCGGUCGCGCGUCAUAGCGCUCCAGAGCGUCGCGCGGCGCUGGAGCAAGCGGCGGACGCUCUUCGCGCUGCGCUUCGUCCGGGACCGCGCCGGCACGCUGAUCCAGAGCGCCUGGCGGCGCGCCCUCGCGAUCACGCUCGUCCAUCGGUUGCUUGCCGAGCGGCUCAAGCGACGGCGCGCGGCGCGCCGGGCGUCGGCGAUCGUGAUCCAGGCCCGGACGCGGGGCGCGUUGGAGCGGCGGCGGGCGGCGCGGAUGCGUCACGUCGUCAUAAAGGUGCAGGCCCAUCGAAGGCGGUCCGCGGCGCAACGGCGGUUCCUGUCGUGCCGCGCGGCCGUGAUGACGCUGCAGGCGCGCCAUCGCGGUGCCGCCGCGCGGCGCGCGUUCCGCCGGACGGUACGCGUGGUCACGGCCGCCCAGGCCCGCGUCCGGCGGCAGCUGGCGCGCACAGCUUUUCUCAAAGGGUGUCGCGGCGUUCUUGCGGUCCAGACUUUUGGGAGAUGCGUUGCGGCAAAACGGCGCUUCGCCGACGUGCGCCACUGCGCGAUCGUCGCGCAGACCCGGCGUCGCGCGUGGACCGCGCGCCGCGCCUUCGCGCGCGCAAAGAACGCGGUUCGCGUCCUCCAGGGUUUCCUCCGCGACUUCGUGGCGCGGAGGCGGUUCGAGAGGGUGGCAAGGCGCGUCCAGCGCAUCGCGCGUCUGGUGCGGACGCUCCAGACGGGCCUGCGCGCGUUUCUUGCGAGGAGGCGCUUCGUCGUGGCGAAGCGCGGGAUCGUGCUCUUGCAGGCCGCCUGGCGCGGCCGCACGCAAAGGCGCCGUGCGAAGGCGAUCGUGCUCCAAAGCUGGACGCGCAUGCUAGCAAAGCGGCGCGCGCUGCGAGAUGCCAUCGCGGCGGCGACCGUCGUGCAGACGGUAGGUCGCCGGUCGGCGGCACGGAACCGCUUCCGGGCCAUCAACGCGGCGAUCGUCUUGCAGGCGAUGGGCCGCCGCUUUAUGGCGAGGAAGCGUUACGACGUCCUGAGGGCGGCGCUAAGACUGCAAGCGGCGGGCCGGCGUAUCAUCGCGACGCGUCGCCUGGCCGAGCUCAAGGCCGCGGUCGCACUGCAAACCUGCACGCGUCGCUUCGUUGCAGCGACGCGCUUUCAAAGAAUCGUCCACGCCGUCACCGCGCUCCAGGCCCGCUGGCGCUGUCGACCGCUACGUGAACGCUACGCCGCGGUCCGAGCAAGCACCGUGAUGAUCCAGACGAACUGGCGCCGCACGAACAUGAAGCGGAAGCUCGGCGACCUGAAGUGGGCCGCACUCUUCGUCCGGGCGGCGCGGCUACGCGUCGCGGCGACGCGGCGCUUCCUGCGGCUGCGCAACGCUGCGACUGCCAUCGGAAAAACGGCGCGCGGGUGGCUUGUUCGGCGGCGCUUCCUUACUUUCAAGCGGUGCUGCGUCCGCGUGCAGGCGAACUCGCGUCGCGUCAUCCAACGGCGGCGCUUUGUGCGCUUCCGUGAGUCGGUCGUGGCCGUUCAGACCGUCCUGCGAACCUUCUUGGAACGCCGUCGUUUUCUGGCAGCACGCCGUGCCGUCAUCAAAAUCCAGGCCGUCGUGCGCCGCGGAGUCGGUUGUCGGGGCUUCCGGAGGCUCAAACGCGGUGCUACGCAACUCCAAGCCCUCGCGCGCGCCCAACGGGCGACAAGAGCGUUAGCGCGCGCUAAAAGCGCGGCGACGGUCGUCCAGGCGCGCGUGCGCGGGCGGAUUGAAAUGAAAAGCUUCGCGGGGCGCCGCCGGGCAGCAGUUCAGGUGCAGGCAUGUGUGCGGGGUUGUUUGGCGAAGAGACGCUACCUCGCCAUGCGGAGGAAGGCGAUCGCCGUCCAGGCUGUCGUGAGACGUAGGCAAGGACAGAGGCGCUUUUCUAUUGUGAAGGGCGCCAUCAUCAAGAUCCAGUCCACCGAGCGGCGGCGGCAUCAGACGAAGCGACUGCGGACCAUGAAGCGGGCGGCGAUCACGAUCCAAUCGCGCCGCCGGGCCGCGACGUGCCGUUCGAUCUAUGUAAGGAAGCGACGCGUCGCCAUCGCGGUGCAGGCUCUCAUUCGGCGCCGGCUCGCGCGGCGCCGCUUCUUGCGCGCGAAACGGCUCUGCGCGACGCCGCAGAAACUCGAGCGCGGCCGCGUUUGCCGGCGGCGCUUCACGGAGGUGCGCCGCGCCGCCGGCGUCGCGCAGACCCUGGCACGCGGCGUCUCCGUCAAGCGGCACCUGGCGAAGUAUAGGGCCGCCGCUAUAGUCGUGCAGUCCCGGGCGCGGCGGCUUGGAGCGCGCGGGCGUUACGUCGCGCUGAAGCGCAUGGUCGUCUCGCUGCAGACGGCGUGGCGCGCUCGCUUAUCGUUCACAACGUACAAACGACAGAAACUUUGUGCGAUCGCGGUGCAGACGUCGGUGCGACGGCGCGCCGCUCGCAAAUACCAUACGGCCCUCGUUGCCGCCGCUGUACGACUGGCGGCGCGGGCGCGGCGCGAUGCAGCCAGGAAGCGUUUCCGUUGUACUGUUGACGCGAUCAUCAAGAUGCAAUCCAUCGCGCGGCGGCUCCCGCCGCGCCUCUUGACGGAGGCGAGACGGCGCCUGCCGCGCCUCCAGGCGCACGCUCGGCGCCGCGCGCGGCGCUUCGAUCUCGGCGAGGCGCGGCGCGCGGCCCUGCUGAUACAAGCGGCCGCGCGGCGAUCCGCGGCGUUGAAGGCGUUCAGCGUCGCGAAACGCGGCGUCACGCGCCUCGCGGCGCAGAACCGCGGCUUCCUUGCGCGACGGCGCGUCCGGAAGCUCCGAGCAGAGCGCCGCGCGGCCGCUGCGGUUGCGAUCCAACGCAUGACGCGACGAGCCACCGCGCAAAACCGCUUCGCGCGCACGCGACGCGCCGCCGGCGUCGUCCAGGCGGCGCUCCGGCGUCAUGCGGCUCAGAACUGUUAUGAGGCGACGCGCGGCGCCGCGGCGCGCGUCUCGGCGCGUGGCCGUGGCACGCUGGCCCGAAGACGCUACAUCGCGCUACUCAAGGCGGCGUGCGUGGCCCAGCUCUUGGCCCGACGGCGGUCCGCGCGGACGACGGCGGCGACGCGGCGGCGCCGGCGCGACGCUGCGACGGUCCUCCAGAGUUUGGUGCGCGGCUGGUCACGGAAAGUGUGGUUUCAGGGCGCGCGCACGGCCGCGAUCUGUCUGGAGGCGCUCGCGCGCGGUUGGUUUGGGCGGCGGAAGGCGAAGCGGCUCCGCGCGGCGAUUGCCAUCGAGGCGGCCGGGCGCCACUUCAUGGUACGUCAGUGGUAUCGCGGGACCAAGCAUGCGACGGUGUGUGUCCAGCGCCGCGAACGUGGUGUUCAGGCGCGGCGGCGCUAUGCGGAAGCUCAAGGUGCGGCAGUGGCGCUCCAGACGAUGGCUCGGCGGCACCUCGCGGCGACAUCGUACAGGAACCUUCGCGUCGGCGCGGCCGUGGCGCAGAAGCGCGCCCGGGCCGCCUCCGCAAAAAGAGAAGCGGCGAGACGGCGCGACAGUCGAAUUGAGGCUUUGCGAGCUCAGGGCGCGGUGGCGCUCGAGACGACGGUUCGACGGCACCUCGCGGCGACGUCGUACGGGAAGCUUCGCGUCGGCGCGGUCGUGGCGCAGAAGCGCGCCCGGGCCGCCGCUGCCAGACGGGAGGCGGCGAGACGGCGCCGCCGGCGAGUUAUGGAUUCGCGGGCGGCCGCGGAGGCCGCGGCUGAGGCGCUCCGGUCGCAUCGCCGUCUGAGGGCGAUCGUUCUCCAAAGCUGGACUCGUAUGAGGUUGGCGCGACGCGCGAGGCGAGAUGCAAUCACAGCGGCCACGGUGCUGCAGACGCGCGGUCGCCGCCUCCUCGCGCGCACAGUCGCGGCGAUGCGGUGGCGCGGCGCCCUCGUCGCGCAGAAAGUCUCGAGGCGGUCCGUGGCGCGGCGCCGCUUCCUCGAGAAGCGGCGGGCCGCGGUCCGCGUGCAGGCCGCCGCGCGCCGGUUCCUGGCGCCGCCACCACCCGCGGCGGUGGCCGCGCCGCCCGUUCCGCCGCCUAUAGCAGAAUGGGCGCCGCCGGCCUGGGCGCGGCGCCCUUCGCCGCCGCCGCCGCCGUCGCCGGUGGCCGUGGGCGUCGACCUCGGGGGCGCGGCGCCGACGGCGCCUCUCGUGGACCUGUUCGGCGCUGCGGCGCCCACGCCGGUCGUCGACCUGCUGGGCGCGGGGCCGCGGACGGUUACUGUGGACCUCGCACGGGAGCGCGUCGCGGCGGUCGUCGAUCUAGCUAGGGCGAAGAGUCCGGAGCCGCCCGCGGUCGAGACGCCACGACAAGUGCCGGUCGUUCCACCGCUGAGACUGCCAGCGGUCGAGGACGACGACGCGCCGUCCGUCGAGGUGCCCCCGCCCAAGGAAGCCAAGCCGCGGCCCCUCGUCGUGAGACCAAAGGAAGCCGUCGCCAAGGCGCCUUUGAUCGUGAAACGCGUGCGCAUGCAGCCGCCCGCCUCAAAGAAGGUUGCGCCCGUCGCUAUUGCGCCGCCACCACGGCCGCGCAGCAAAUCGCGCAAGCGGCGCACGGCAGCCGGCGCCGCGGCGGCCGCGGCGCAGUUGCUGCGACAACUCAACGAUGUAGAGGAUACGUUGACGCGAGCGGAGGCGUCGGCCACCUUCGAACCGCCUCCACCGAAGGUUCCGGCCUACCGAUUAGCCUGGCGCGAAAGUCAGGCUUAUCUCGCCGCGGGCGACGGCGAGGCCGCCGUCGCCGCGGUCCUUGCCGCGAAUCACGAGCGGACGACAGCACGGCUCCUCGUCGCUCUCGGCGACGUGCAGCUCUCGGACGCGACGCUCGACGCUCUAUUGAGCGAGGUCGCAUCGCUGUUGGCUGGCGACUACCGCGCCUACGCGCUGCCCUACGUCGCUGGGGCCGCGAAGGCCGGGGCCCUGAACCGCGUCCAUGCUGCAACGCGCGCGGAGCUCGCGGCAGGGCUCGCGGACGCCGCCGCGCGGGGCGACGGCGACGCGGGAUACGCCUCGAAGCUGCUCGGCCGCGUCGGGCUGCUGGCUACGUAAUGUGUGAUUUGUGAUCUAGAUAAGUACGAUACCGCCGCCCCGCGCUCACGCGUUGCCCGGGCUCCCCUCGUGGAGCUCCCGCAGUGCCGUCAU